AUAAUUUAAAAUUUUUUAAUUCUGGUUUUUUCUCUGUGAUCUCAGUGCUGCAAUGAGCUGUGCGAUUGUUGCCUCUCUGGCUCCGAAGUUUUAAUUCAUAAAACAAAUUUAAUACAUUUGUUUUAUAAAAUAAAUUUGUGAGGAUGAGUAUAUCCAAUGCCCACCCCAAUUUGGAAUGUCCUGUCGCCCAGUUAAUGCUGCAAACCCCACUGCCAAUUCGGGAGACUGUAGAGAUUCGCGGUUCUCACGUGGUGUCGCCAGCUGCUGCUUUACACACCGCAGGCUGCAGUUAAGCGCUGUGCAGAGUCUGAGGACGACCUUUCAUAUGUGGCUUUGACUGCCAUCUGCAGGCCAUGAACUCAGAACCUUACUGACUCCCAUUCCCUAUGGAGCUGCCGGCCACAGCUGGCACUGGUGUGGUCCAGCUCAGAUCCGAGGCCGUGAGGCCCAUCUGUGACCAGCGUGGUGCCUUAACCACGCAGUCUUAAUUUUCUAAGCUUGCCUGUUCAUUGUGUUUAUGAGGUUUUUUUAGGUCAUUGAUUUGCAGUAAUUAAUUAGCAUUGCGCUGAAUGCUGUGGUUUCAAAUCAAUGUGAAAUCAGUGACUUAAAACCACAGCCCUUGCCACCCAUAACAGUCAUCUGCUUCUACAGAAAAGAGAACUGGAGAUAGAGAGCUGUCAAUAUAGAAUGAUAUAAAUAGUAAUUAAUCUGGAAUUCUAAUUUAGAUUUAACACGUUUUCACAGUUUUUCUUUUACAUGACGAUGUUACUCAUUGUUGGGCUAAAUGGCAUUCAUAAGACUAAAUCAUAGAUAUGAAUCAGACCUAGCUCCUGUCUUUCUAAUAAAUAUGUUAAAUAUUUUCUGCAUUUUUGUAAGACUAAUUGGAUUUCUCAGAAACUAUAUCCGACCAUCUCUUCCCCGAUUGGUGUGUAUUGCCCAAUUUUAUCCCUGGUAUGUCAUAUUCACCAGUGUGUGAAGAAUACGCUGUUUUCCAGGACUACGCUCGCUACACUUUCCAGUGUCACAUCGGUUCCUCCCAUGCUCGACCCUCUUCUCGCUCGUUCAUUCGGCUUCAAGCGAAUAGAAAAACUAAUCUCGAUAUGACGUCAUUGCGGGUCUCCCUCUAACAAAAUCAGCUGGAAGAGAUAAAGAAGCUGCGCGAGCAUCCCGUUCCCGAUCCGCGCCACCGUCUCCCGGGUUUUGUGCGCGUCUCCGUCUCCUUGCCCUACUCAUUUACCCCUCGCGCUUACUCAGAACCGUUACCACACUUUUGAGAUUUCCGUCCUGAGAGCUAGUGUGCAGCAGCAGCAUGUUCCUUCGUUACUUGCGAAGCAACAUGAAAGAUUAAAGGCGACUCAGAAUAAAAUAACUGCACGUGUGUUUGGGCAUUUGCCCAUUGGAAAGGUAACAUGAAAGACCGGCGGCUUUGGAGAAUUCUCUGUUUGAUGACAGUCUGUUACCAGCUUGGGAUGUCAAGCCGAUACGGCUGUCUGUUUCAGAAGAAGGUGUGUCGAAAGGAGCAGCUGUGUUUGAAUGAUGGGCUCUUUGGGCAGUGUGGUGGCUCCUCACAGGAGCUGGUUCAGUACCAGAUAUCUGCUCCACUGCUGCACAGACUGCAGGAGGCGCUUGAACAGCUAAUGCUGCAAGGUCUGUCCUGGCAGGAUGACAUCACGCAGUACAUCAUCGCCAAGGAGCUGAGCCGUGUCCCCCAGAUAGGGGCUCCGGACGCCCCGCUGUCAAAGCCCCCAGUGCAGUCAGACACGCCCCCUCCGAAGCAGAGCUGGCCCAGCCCCAAGUCCCCACCCGGGGUGGGUUCACAGCGUUACCUGGACUACGUGGUCUUGCCAAAUUCACCCCGUGCCUCCCUGCACUUACAGUCCAGUCCAAUGCUGAACCCUUAUACCUUCCACCAGUAUGGGUACGAGGCAGAGCAGGAGCGGUCCCUCAACUCUCUGCAAGCGGCGGGGUACCCGCUCCUUUCCUCUCGAUUCGGGGGAGGUAAGGGACACCUGAGCGACCAAGACCAGCAUCUGCUGCAGGACCUCUCCCCUGCGCCACUGCCCUCCCACCACCGAGAGGCAUCGUCCAUCUCCACCUUCCACGGGGAGAUGGACUUUCCAUUGGACUUCACAGAGAACUACGUUUCCCAGGAGGCCUCUGUUGUGCAACAACACAAGCAACCCACCGUGAGCCACAAAGCACUUUCUGCACUAGAUGACGCUGCUUGGCGGAGGAUUGCUGCGCAGCUGCAGAAGCAUGGCAUCGAUGUGAAAGAGCUGAGCCCUCAGCAGCUGAAGAAGCUGGUGAAGGUAGAUGCUAUGAAAGCACCAGAUCAGUAUUCCGAGGGUUUGGCCACAGUUAAGAUGGCUGAGCUCAUGGAAGGAGCGAUGAGACACACCGGCGGGGCGGUCCCCGGGCCCCCCUCCCCUCCUGCCCCCGGCGGGGCGGCCCCGCCGGCCCCGGAGGGGCCCCGGCCUUCGGGGCCCCCUCAGGUCCUAACGGUCACUCUGGGGGCCAGUCUGAAGGAGGAAGGGGUGGAGAUGGACAAGAAGAACAUGGGGCCCACUGCGGGAGGGGGCUCGCAGAGUCCGGAGGGGAACGGCUACGCUGUCACCAACCAGAGUGUGGUGGGUGCCGCCCUGAUGUUAAACAUUCAGCAGAACAGCCAUAACCAGACUGCGGAGCAGGUAGCUGAAGGUGCAGUGGCUGAAAAGGCCUUCCAGCCGCCUGAGACCAACCUGAACAUCCUGCAGUCUGAAGUUGGACAGAUGAGCGAUGGGCGAGGGCUGCCCCAGCACACACGAGUUCGCGACAGCUCUCGGCGGGUGUUCCUCACGCUGGUGGGCGUGGCCUGCGUGGGCGGGAUCCUGGUGGCCGCGUUCACCAUCGUCUGCCUGCGGCACCACGCCGUCCUGCUGGCUGCUGGGAAGCUGGGGCUGGGACCGGAGGGAGGCGUCGACACGCCCUACGAGUACCAGGUACACACACAUCUUACAGAGACGUGCUCUGUGAGGACCAGGACUUUGUCGCGCAUGGCAGCAAGUUCUGGACGUCAGGAGGCAGGAGGUGGGGGCGGGGCCAGGGGCGGGGGAGGUGCGGACACGUCCAGGGUGAGCAGCGUGUCGUCCCAGUUCAGCGACGGCGCCCAGCACAGUCCCAGCUCCCACAGCAGCACCCCGUCCUGGUGUGAGGAGCCGACGCAGGCCAACAUGGACAUCUCCACCGGUCACAUGAUCCUGGCCUACAUGGAGGAUCACCUGCAGAAUAAGGACCGGCUGGCUCAUGAGUGGGAGGCCUUGUGCUCCUACCAGGCCGAGCCCAGCUCCACCACGGCCGCCCAGAGCCAGGGCAACACCAAGAAGAACCGCAACCCUCAGUCUGUACCCUAUGACCACUCGGAGAUUCCUUGUGAUGUUUGUGACCUUUGACCUGAAACCUCACUGUGUCCCCAGAUUGAGCACGAUCCUCGAAUGCCAGCUUACAUCGCCACCCAAGGACCCCUGUCCCACACUAUCGCUGACUUCUGGCAAAUGGUGUGGGAGAGUGGCUGCACAGUCAUAGUGAUGAUGACGGCUCUCGUUGAGGACGGACAGAAGCAGUGCGAUCGCUACUGGCCUGAUGAGGGGUCCUCCCUAUACCACGUUUAUGAGGUAAACCUGGUGUCGGAGCACAUCUGGUGCAAUGACUUCCUGGUGCGCAGUUUCUACCUGAAGAACGUGCAGACGCAGGAAACGCGCACGCUGACGCAGUUCCACUUCCUGAGCUGGCCGGCCCAUGGCAUCCCCACCUCCACACGCCCUCUGCUGGACUUCAGGAGGAAGGUAAACAAGUGCUACAGAGGACGGUCCUGCCCUAUCAUUGUUCACUGCAGUGAUGGCACAGGGCGGACUGGGACCUACAUCCUGAUAGACAUGGUUCUCAAUCGCAUGGCCAAAGGGGUAAAGGAGAUCGACAUUGCAGCAACCCUGGAGCACAUUCGUGACCAGAGACCGGGCAUGGUGGGCACCAAGGACCAGUUUGAGUUCGCUCUGACGGCCGUGGCAGAGGAGGUCAACGCCAUCCUGAAAGCCCUGCCCCAGUGAGCUGUGCCUCGUGCCCGGCAGCCUUCAUCACUGCUUUUUCCUCUUCCUCACAUCCUUCCUCCUCUUCGUCGUGGUCUUCCUCUUCCUCACAGCCCUGUUCUUGUCCCUCCGCUUCGAUCCACAAGCGGUCACAAGGGGAAUUAUCUGAACACGAAGCCGCGUGCCCCCACUGUCUCGGCUCCGAGAUGAAUAACACAGGGCUCCCCGAUGGUGUUAGCUGGCCGAGACUUCUAACGGCAGUACAGCACUGUGCCCUGUUUCAGGCCGGGCCAGUGGUGACUGACUGGGAGUCCUGUGCUGCAAUGCGUAAUUCGCUCAGUCCCUCGUUGCGCAGACUGUAACGUGAUACGCUAACGUGUGCAGCUAAGACAGCACUGAAAGGAUGUUCCAGCAAUGGGACGGGCCUACAGGUAUAAAUGGGCAUUCCAACUUGUGAGAAAAGGCAACGGAAAAUUUAAAUAGUCAUUUUUCUUUCUCCAGUGGGUGCCGGGGUAAUUCAUGGACCCUGUUCUCAUGGGUUAACAACUCGGUCAACAUUAACGAACCCUUCUGUGUAACCUAAUUAAUGACUUAAGUGAUAUAUCUAAUUUUGGCCCAUAGGAAUACUGGUCCCCUAGGACCAGAGUUCAACAGCUGCUUCAGGGACAUCUUCCAGUUGGCCGUGGUGAAAGGUUCCAAAAUAAUUGUUUGACCGUUUACCUCCCUUGAACUCUCUGGUCCACGGAACCUUACGAGAGUCAGCACAGAUCUCACGUUACCUUUGCUUUUAAGUCUGAUAAUUCCUCAUGUGACUGGGAUAAGCUCCUAUCUUGGGGAUGGGGGCAGUCAGUGGCUGGACUGCUUGUCUUUUUUCAUUAUUGGUAUUCUAGCUCACUCCUUCCUUCAGGUAAACAUUCUUGUCAGAGUACCUCUGUUAGUGUCAUGAAAGUGUUAUACAUUCAUAUACACACUCUUUACCUCUAUAUUCUUUUUUAACAAUCAUACUGUUUUAAAAUGUAUUUCGCCCUACUACACAUAUGUAUAUAUACUGUAAAAGUGGGAGUGUCAUCUCAAUCGGAGCCUACUCACACUUAUGAAUGUGUUCAGAGCUGUUGUCUGGGAAGUUUCACAAAUCCCGCCCCCAAGGGUACUGAUGGGGGGUGUGUCUUAUACUGUAGGAAGUUCCUCCUCUCUUUUCCUUAGAUACAGCAACCCUCCCCACUCGUUAUAGUGAGUGAUUACUCUGUAGCAUUCCUUGUAUCUGUCAUAGACAAGUCAAAGAUAAAAUGACAAAAAAAACAGAAAAGUAAUACUAUAUGGAAAAAUAAUAUUUCUUUUCUAACUUUGUGAUGAAUAAAGUUUGUGAAGUGGUGCAACUGCA